AAAACCGAUCGGCGUUACAGUUCUUUAUCAAAUAUCAAAGCAACUUAUUUCACUGCGUGCGUAGUUGAGGAAAUAUAAAAACUGAAAAUGUUUUCAUUUGUCGCGAUUGCCUGCCUUGUCGGAGCCGUAGCCGCCGCUCCGUCCGGCUACGGAGGCCUUGGUGCAAUCGCAGUGGACAGUUAUUCUGUCCCACGCUAUGAAUUCAACUACGCCGUAAAUGACCCAUCCACCGGCGACAAUAAAGCCCAAUCUGAAGUGAGAGAUGGCGAUGUCGUCAAGGGCUCAUACUCCCUGACAGAACCCGACGGUACCUUGAGAGUGGUGGAGUACACCGCCGACGCCGUGCGCGGUUUCAACGCGAUCGUCAAACGGAUCGGCGCUGCCGGCCACCCACAGACCGUACAAUUAGCCCCAAUUGUUACCAAACAAAUCGUCCAACCAGUUGUUAAACAAGUUGCAGCACCAAUCAUUGAACCAGUCGUAGCACAAGUCUCGCAAAUCGCGGAACCUAUCAAUGAUUACGCUGCAGAUCUUGGAACCCUCGACCUGGGAGGUUGGGGCAACGGAUUGGGACUGGGAUUAGGAGGACUCGGAGGUCUAGGCUCAUGGGACCUUGGCAACCUGGGUCUCGGUCUCACCAGCCUAGGUCAAGGAGGAUGGAAACACUAAAUUCUAAGUCUGUGUAAAUAGUAUUAUAGUUCUUCAGUCUGAACGUGUUGUGCCUGUGUUCCAUCAACGCGUUUGGUGACGAGAUUCUUAUAGUGCCUGUGUAAGACUUAGAUAACAUUAGGUUAGGUAAUU